AUGGGCCCUUAUGCUUUUGGGAUUUCUCAUAUUUCACUAGGUUUACUCUAUGCACAGAGUCUAAAUCCAAAAGCAAUGAAUCAAGGUCUAAUAAAAGUAAAGAUGUUAAAAGUACAAUUAUUAUAUAAGCUGCCCAAAGAUUUACUCUUCAAUCAUAGUCCACUCACAUUUAUACCAGAUAUAAUAGUUACAGUGGAAGAAGUUAGGAAACCGACUACGACAACAACUUCAACCACAACAUCAACAACAACAUCAACAACAACGUCAACUACAACAUCAACAACAACAUCAACAACAGCCUCGACGACAACAUCAACAACAACAUCAACCACAACAUUAACAACAACAUCAACCACAACAUCAACUACAACAUCAACAACAACGUCAACUACAACAUCAACAACAACGUCAACAUCAACAACAACAGCAAUAAAAAGUCAGUACUAUGUCAAAUGA